AGAGUAAAAAAGAAAGUAAAGAAACCGGGCCAAUAGAUAAUAGAGAGAUAGCGCAUAGAUUAGCUUAUACACUCCACCCGCGCCCGCCGUGGUCGUGACCUUCGUGCCGUGAUCGAGCGACGCGACAAGGGCCUGCGUUUUUCUUAGGGACGAGGGCGCAGGACAUGUCAGUGAGAGGAACCCGCGGGCUUGUCCUUAUCGAUCUUUUGUCGUUCCCCUGGUUAUUCCUUUGAUUCCACCCAUGCUAUCUUUCUUUGUGCAUCAGCACAGCCAGCGUGCUCGAGAACAGCGCCCCCCUUAACGACGUCGGAUGUGGACGCGCCUACACGCGCGACAGAAGGACUUCCGCCAACGACGGGGGAGGGUCAGCCGAGGAUCGACGACGGGGGAGCUUUCUGUACUACGUCGGAGCGGGCGACGUUUUUAUAAUAUCAUCAUGCUGCACUACUUCACUUCGACGCUGGAGGGAUUGGGAGUCCUCCACUGCGGGCUUCAGCCUACAGGUAACUCUGUUGCUUCGCCCUCACAACCAUUCGACACAGUAGUGGCUCACUUCUUCUCGACGAACAGGCGUGGUGUCUGGGCACUCUGGCAACGGGCUUCGGUCUCGACCCUGUUGUGUGCCAGCGCUACAACUCCAAACUUUGCGCCCCGAGCCAUCUGAGUGGUUUGACACGCAUCGCGGUGUAGUAGCUAGUAUGUUGCGUUGUCUCUCCAUCGGAAAU